AUGGCUCUCUCAAAACCCCUCUUCUUCUUCCACCUCAAAACCCUAACCCUAAGCACCUCCUUCACCCGCCUCCUCUCCUUCGUCACCCCCGAAGAGCCCGCUUCCGAGCGCCGCCGCCGCAAGCGCCGCCUCCGCACCAACCCUCCCCCCCCCCCCCCCCCCCAGCCUCAACAGCAGCGCAUCCCCUCCAAAACCCCUAUAAACCCUAACGCCCCCAAGAUCCCCGAACCCCUCUCCGCCCUCGCCGGCAAACGCCUCAACCUCCACAACGAGAUCCUAAACCUAAUCCGGGUCAACGAUCUCGACGAGGCCUCGCUUUUGGUCCGUCACUCGAUCUAUUCCAACUGCAAGCCGACGAUCUUCACCUGCAACGCCGUUCUCCACGCGCUCCUCAGGCAAUCCCGAUACUCUGACUUGCUUUCCCUCCACCGGUUCAUCACCCAGGCGUCGGUGGCCCCCACCGUGAUCACCCACAACCUCCUGCUUGACACGGCCCUCGAGCACUAUCGUCUCCUCGUCAAGGACGAUGCCCCCAUCAACCCCUCGCCGACGACGUAUAGGAUUCUCACCAAAGGGCUGGUUGAUAAUGGUAAGAUCGAUCAGGCCGUGGAGCUCAAGGACGAGAUGAUUGACAAGGGCUUCUGUGGGCCUGACGCUGCCGUCUAUAACCUCAUAAUGUCGGGCUUUGUCAAGAAGGAGGAACCCGAUAGGGUUAUUGAGCUGUUUGAAGAGAUGAAGGAGAAGAUGGGAGGAGGGCAGGUCGAGGAUGGGAUUGUGUAUGGGAAUCUGAUGAAAGGGUAUUUCAAGAAGGGGAUGGAGGCUGAGGCAAUGGGGGUCUAUGAAGAGGUUUUGGGAGAGGGGUCGAAGGUUAGAUUCAAUGCUGUGAGUUACAAUUUGGUGCUUGAGGCUCUGACGAAGAAUGGGAAGUUGGAGGAGGCCAUCGGGUUGUUUGGUAGGAUGAUGGGUGAGCAUUAUCCUCCGAGGAAGCUCACAGUGAAUUUGGGGAGCUUUAAUGUGAUGGUUGAUGGGUAUUGCGCUGCCGAGAGGUUUGAUGAUGCGAUUGAGGUCUUUAGGAAAAUGGAGGAGAAAAGAUGCACCCCGGAUACCCUGUCGUAUAAUAAUCUUAUUCAGCAGCUUGGGGAGAAUAAGAUGGUUGCAGAGGCUGAGGAGUUUUAUAGAGAGAUGGGCGAGAGAGAGAUUAACCCCGACGAGUACACUUAUGUUUUGCUCAUGGAGGCUUGUUUCAGGGUGGAUAGAGUUGAUGAUGCGAUUGGGUAUUUUAGAAAGAUGGUGGAAGUGGGGUUGAAGCCUAAUGCGAAUUCAUAUAAUAAGGUAAUGGGAGGAUUAGUGAAUGUUGGAAGACUGGAUGAAGCGAGGGAGUUCUUUGAUUUGAUGGUGGAGAAGGAGGUGAAACCGAAUUUGUUGAGUUAUGAGAUGUUGGCCAAGGCUUUUGUUGAGGCUGGGAGGUUGGAUGAUGCUCUUAAGGCGGUUAAAGGGAUACUGCUAGAUGAGAAUUUGAGCUUCAGUGAUGAUAUGAAGGAGCUUGUGGAGGAGGCAUUGAGGAAAGAAGGGAGAGAGGAGGAUAUGGGAAAGUUGUAUGAAGAGGUGGAGAGAGAGAAGGCUGAGGCAUUGGCCCGAGCAGAAGAAGAGAAGGCUAGAGCUGAGGCUCUUGCGAGGGAAGAAGAGGAGAAGAAGAAGGCAGAGGCUGCUGCUAAGGAGGCAGCUGCUGCUAGAGCUAGUGCUGCAGCUAUCGAGUUAAUGUCUGGACAGAAGAAAUUGCUCCAGAGCAAAGAAGCAAAGGAAGAGGAGGCUGGACCUAUUGCCUCUAGUUCUUUAAGAGCUUAUAGCGAUAAAGUACUUGAAAAUGGAGGUGGGGAACCUCAGACCUUGAAGGAAGAAGAACCAAAGAAUGAAACUGGGGAGACUGCCGAACAGGUAACAUCUUCAUGAGUUCGGACCCAAUUGCAGAAUUUAUAUUGAGACCUUGAGGAAUAAAGUCAGCUUCAUGUAGGUCUGUUUGUGUGCUUAUCAGCAUAUGAGAAGUUUUACCAGAGAGUUACUCCUUCAUGUUGUUUGUUGCAAGCUUUGAAGUCGAUAAGUGUUAAAAAUGAAGGCUUAGUUUAGUAUGUUUCCAUCCAUUACGAUCUGCAGUACAUUCUCUGACAUUGCUAAUUAGUUAGGCAUAAUGUAUGUUGGUUUUCUUUUUUUUUUCUUUGGGUUAUAUGAGACGCUUUUUAAAGUAUGUUAGUACUAUAAGUUUCUUUUGUCAUAAUUUGUUCGCAUAGUUUGUUUA